AUCCAAACAGGGAAUGGUAGAACUCGAGUGUCAUGAAAGAUGCAGCUCUCAUGUGCUCCAGGAUGAAGAGGAUAAAGUUUGUGUAGCCUUGCAGGAAUGUAGAACCGCACAAAAUAGACAUCAAUCGGUGCAUAAAACCAUAAGUUGACAAUGAUCUCCACACGUCCCAGAAAACUCUCAAGUGGAAGAUUUUUAUGACAGUAUUUCCGUGUUCCUGUGGUCGCCCCAAGGAUGCCACAUACUGUCAAGUCGGGAUUUUUUCAUUGGAAUAAGAAACCGGAUCUUCAGUAUGACGUCCAAAUGGCGUUGCACACUAUCCUCUUUUGUAUCCUCUUCUCCGCCCAACAACAUGAUGGUUCUAUAGGCGGUGUGGCUGCCGCCUACGAAAACUCCAAAAUUUUCAAAAUCGGUGCAGUGCUUAGUUCUAUGGAAAACACUGCUUACUUUUUUCAACUAAUUGAAGAUGUCAAUCAUGAACCGAACAUGUUGCCACCAGGUGUCAUCCUCUAUGCGGCAAUUGUACCCAUGAAUCCAAACCCUAUCCGAACAGCCCAGAAAGUAUGCGAAGAUUUGAUAUCUGCGACGGUUUAUGCUGUCAUAAUCAGCCAUCCUAACAAUGGAGAGCUUUCUCCAGCCGCUGUAUCCUACACGUGCGGUUUCUACAACAUUCCUGUGAUUGGGAUUAGUUCCAGGGAUAGUUCUUUGUCUGACAAGAACCUUCACGCAUCUUUUCUUCGGACAGUGCCCCCUUACUCACAUCAAGCAGACGUGUGGAUAGAACUUCUGAAAUUUCUUCACUACAAGUGUGUUGUUUUUAUUCAUAGCUCAGACAACAACGGAAGAUACACUUUGGGCAGGUUCCAAAACCUAGCAGAUAAAGCCAAAAUAAAGCUUGACGAUGUCAUCGAAUACGAACCUGGGUUUACAGACAUCAUUCAGGAUCUGGAGAAGACAAAGGAUUUACACUGCAGAGUUUUUAUUUUAUAUGCCAACACUGAAGAUGCUGAAUCAAUAUUUCGUGAAGUUGAGCAACUGAAAAUGAAUAGUCCUGGAUAUAUAUGGGUUGUUUCUGAACAAGCUUUGUUAGCAUCCAGUAGGCCAGACGGUAUUUUAGCGCUUACAUUGGUUAAUGCCUCAGAUACGACGGGUCACAUCUGGGACAGUGUUUACAUCAUUGGAUUAGGCUUACGAGACCUGAUCCACAACGAAAAUAUCACAGAUGCUCCUGACAGUUGUGGAACUGUUGGAAAACCCUGGGAAACAGGAAAACAAUUUGUCGAGUACUUAAAGGCCCAAAGUUUGCUUUCUGGUAAAACUGGAAGAGUAGCCUUCGAUGAGAAAGGAGAUCGUCUUAAUAGUGAAUACGAUAUUGUUAAUGUUGUAGAUGGUCGGACCGUUAAGGUUGGAUAUUACACAUUCUCCAAGGUCCAGAUGAAAAUGAACCUUCAGCUCAACGUUACCAACAUUAGAUGGCCUGGUAACCAAGCGACAAAGCCUUUAGGGUAUAUCGUGCCCACCCAUUUAAAGGUGGUUACAACAGAAGAAAAGCCGUUUGUUUGGGCUAGGCCUGUUGAAAGUGAAGAUGAGUGCAAAGAAGAUGAAAUUCCAUGCCCACGUGCUAACAGUUCCUUACGUAAGUCUUCAAGUAUAUGA